GCAGAGAAGCGGAGAGAGGGGGAAGAGAGACGGAAGAGGAGGGGGGGAAAUAUUAAUCUGUCACAGGCGAAUUUUCUACUAUUCUAACUAUUUGAAGCUGUGUUUUUUUCUCUGUGAGCCGGGUCGCCGCCUGCAGCGGUAGUAGCAGGUGGUGCUUGUAUAACCGCGCGGAGCGUCGACGCUCUUCUGCAGCCGCCUGAUCUGCGCGUCGUUUCAGCACCGGACAGCGACACACCGGGAGCCGCGGCCGGUCAGCUCCCACCGCCACAGCAGCACAGCCCGUCCGACCCUCGAUUAGCUCGGGGGGCAAUGCGCGGCUAGAUGACUUCACCACAUCAACAAGCGACCACUGUAGUCCUGGACUAAUAAUACAGCAGCGCUACGUCCCCUCCUCCUCCCUCCUCCCCACAUCUCCCUUCUGUCUCCAUUCGCUGAAUCCAAGUCCUCCUGACUAAAGGCACCAUGGGAAAUCGUGGCAUGGAGGAUUUGAUCCCGCUGGUCAACAGGCUGCAGGAUGCCUUCAGCUCCAUCGGCCAAGCCUGCAACCUGGACCUGCCGCAGAUCGCGGUGGUCGGCGGUCAGAGCGCAGGGAAGAGCUCUGUGUUGGAGAACUUCGUCGGCAGGGACUUUCUGCCCCGUGGUUCUGGUAUCGUCACCCGCAGGCCUCUGGUUCUGCAGCUCAUCAGUGCAAAUGCUGAAUGGGCUGAAUUCCUCCACUGCAAGGGGAAAAAGUUCACCGACUUUGACGAGGUGCGCCAGGAGAUUGAGGGUGAGACCGAUCGGGUCACAGGGGCCAACAAGGGCAUAUCUCCCAUCCCCAUCAACCUACGAGUUUACUCUCCUCAUGUGCUGAAUCUGACCCUCAUCGACCUGCCGGGAAUCACCAAGGUGCCAGUUGGAGACCAGCCUGCGGACAUCGAGCAACAGAUCAGGGAUAUGAUCAUGCAGUUUAUCAGCAGAGAGAGCUGCUUGAUCCUGGCUGUCACCCCAGCAAACACUGACCUGGCCAACUCUGACGCCCUCAAACUGGCAAAGGAUGUCGACCCCCAGGGACCUAGGAGUCACGGUUGCAAUUUAAAAAAAAACCUUUUACUUAUUAUAUCAGAUUAUUUCCCUCAAUUUACAUCCUCCUCUGUUAUUUGUCGCCCAGGGUACAUCGGUGUGGUGAACCGCAGUCAGAAGGACAUCGAAGGCAAGAAAGACAUCAAGGCUGCUCUAGAAGCUGAGAGGAAGUUCUUCCUGUCCCACCCGUCGUACAGGCACAUGGCCGAAAAAAUGGGCACCCCUCGUCUGCAGCAAGUGCUCAACCAGCAACUGACCAACCACAUUCGGGACACGCUGCCAGCUUUCCGCAGCAAGCUUCAGGCCCAGCUGUUGGCUCUAGACAAGGAGGCAGAAGAAUACCGGGGAUACCGUCCUGAUGACCCAUCUCGCAAAACCAAACAGCUGCUGCAAAUGGUGCAACAAUUCUCUGUGGACUUUGAGAAGAGGAUUGAAGGUUCGGGGGAUCAGGUGGACACAGUUGAGCUGUCUGGUGGAGCAAAAAUCAAUCGCGUCUUUCAUGAGCGCUUCCCUUUUGAACUGGUCAAGAUGGAGUGUGAUGAGAAGGAGAUGCGGCGUGAGAUCAGUUAUGCCAUCAAGAACAUCCAUGGUAUCCGAACUGGGCUUUUUACCCCUGAUAUGGCAUUUGAGGCUAUAGUGAAGAAGCAGGUUGUGAAGCUGAAGGAGCCAUGCAUCAAAUGUGUGGACAUGGUCAUCCAGGAGCUGAUCAAUACCGUCCGUCAGUGCUCCAACAAGUUGGAAUGCUUCCCAAGGCUGCGAGAGGAAACUGAGAGGAUCGUCACUUCUCACAUUCGAGACAGAGAGAGUCGUGCCAAGGAGCAGGUUCUGCUGCUGAUUGAUCUGCAGCUUUCUUACAUAAACACAAAUCAUGAGGAUUUCAUUGGCUUCGCUAGCGCUCAGCAGAGGAGCAGUCAAACUAAUAAGAGCCAGAGUUCAGCAGGAAAUCAGGUUAUCCGUAAAGGGUGGCUGACCAUCAACAACAUCAGCAUCAUUAAAGGAGGAGCCAAGGAGUACUGGUUUGUGCUGACUGCUGAGAGUCUCUCCUGGUUCAAGGAUGAUGAGGAGAAGGAGAAGAAGUACAUGCUACCCCUGGACAACCUGAAGGUCCGCGAUGUGGAGAAAAGUUUUAUGUCAAGCAAGCAUAUAUUCUCCAUCUUCAACACAGAGUCCAGGAAUGUCUACAAGGACAAUCGCACUCUGGAGUUGGCCUGUGACUCCCAGGAUGACGUGGACAGCUGGAAGUCGUCUCUCCUACGUGCCGGGGUCUACCCUGAGAAGACCAUCACGGUUGAGAGUGAGACCACCACAGCCACAGAUAACUUCUCCAUGGACCCUCAGCUGGAGCGUAAAGUUGAAACCAUCCGCAAUCUGGUGGAUUCCUACAUGGCUAUUGUGAACAAGUGCAUCAGGGACCUCAUCCCAAAGACCAUCAUGCAUCUGAUGAUCAACAAUGUGAAGGACUUCAUCAAUGCGGAGCUGCUGGCGUGCCUGUACUCUGCAGGUGACCAGAACGCCCUGAUGGAUGAGUCCCAGGAGCAGGCCCAGCGAAGGGAUGAGGUGCUGAGGACCCACCAGGCCUUAAAAGAGGCCUUGGCCAUUAUAGGAGACAUCUCUACAUCAACUAUCACAACCCCUAUGCCUCCGCCUGUUGACAGCUCCUGGGUGGGAGGAGCUGCUGGUGGUCGCAGGUCUCCUCCACCCAGCCCCACAGCACCUAGGAGGAUGUCUUCAGGCCAGCGGCCGGCUCCCAGAGGGGCCCCACCACCGCCAAACAGGCCGGGACCUUUGGGACCCUUCAAUAAUAGUGCUGAUAGCCCUCAGGCACCCAGCCGGCCUAAUAGGGCCCCCCCUAGCAUUCCCAGCCGCCGACCACCUCCGUCUCCUACAAGACAAGCUCCCCCAUAAUCAACUAAAGCCCCUCUGUCCUCCCCUCAUACCCCCUCCCCUCUUAGCCAUGGCUCUGCUGUCCUCGUCUCUCCUUAGCGAAGGCGCCGAAGUCUUUGACCCCUUUGAACCUCAGUUUCCUGCCAGGUGAAGACGUCCAUAUAUUUAUGUACAGUAUGGUACUUGUCUUGUGGUGUGUAUAUAUGUGCGCUUGUUGCUCGCCUGUGAUCCAGGUUUGCUUAGCAGGUCCACUACCCUGCAACCCUUUACCCGACUCGACCCUAUGAUUCAGCCAGCACCCCCAGUUUCUGCUUCUACAUAAAAAAAAAAUAAGAAUACUCUCAGCAGUCAUACUGCCCUACUCAUUCCAAAAUGCAGCAUGCCACAGAAGCUGCUUUUAUUGCAUGGGAGUGUGUGUGUGUGUGCGUGUAGAGUGUGUGUGCUUGUGUUUUGUGUGUGUGUUUAUGGGGGAGGGAUUAAUUUGCCUAUAUGUAGGCUGAGUUUGAUUUAGUAUUGUAUUAAUUUAUUGUAGAAUUACCCCCCCUCCCUCAUUCCCACUGAGUGUUAAUUAUCAGCUUGAUGUUCUCUUAGGAACAGAAGUUGUAUCUUAGUAUAAUUGUGUAUAAGCGUAUUUCUGUGUGAAUAAUACAUUGUACAUGUGUAACUGCGUGCUGUGUGCGUGUGUGGGGGGUGCGUGAGGACACGUGUGCAUGUGCUGUCUUUGCACGUUUGUUGGCAUUUCAGUUCUGUUUGUUUUCACUGUCAAAGCUGUUAAUGAUGAAUCAUAAACCCCGCAGGAGGGGAAAUUCAGUGUUUGACUUUUUUGUGAGUUGUUCAUGUGUCGUAGUAGCAGCCAUACACACAUAGCAAGGCUGAGGAGCACCUUCAGUAUUCUCUAUAUGGAAAACAGGCUCGAUAACACAUUUAACCUCGUCAUAGGUGUCCACCUGUGCUGUAUCCAUGGUCCGUUUGUGACCCAAACGGCCUCAAGCUCCCAUUCAGAUGCUGACUUUGAAGUUUUGACUUGUUUCAAACCUACGAAUGAAAAUUAUACAAAGGCAAAACAGGUUUUUAACACAAGACCAUCCAUGUAUUCAUGCAUCCACACUCUAAAAACUGCUGGGUUAUGUUAUUUCAUUUUUAUUGUUACCCCUUACCCAGGCUAAAAACAGACCAAUCAAGGCCAGAGUUGAUUUUAACACAGCAGGGUUAGUUUUUAGGUAUUUCCCAGCAUCAAUUCAACUCUAAAAUGAGUCAGAAAUAACUAAUUUGUAAAGUUAAGUCUGCAUAAGAGUGAAUUAUACAGGAAAACCACAACUUUUGUGUUAAAGAAACAACCCAGGUGUUUUUAGAGUGCAUUAAGAGGAUUUUAGGAGGGCUAGAAUCUAUGCCAGAUGUUAUUGGGUUCCCUUACAGGACCAAAACGAAGACACAGAUACGCACAACCAUAUGACAUGUUUCCAUUUAGCCUUUUUCUCAGGUCUGACCCAUGCGUUUAUACCCAUCACCAACUUGUUUUCCUCUUUUAGCCAACUUGUUGGUCCAUGAGAUCCCUGAAGCCAGUCCGUCAGUAUUUGCAUCAGAGCUUACGGUUGUAUUGUCAGUGUUCAAGUGCUUCUCUGUCACUUUGUUAUUGUGUAUGUAAGCCUAAACUGUAUUCUGAUGUAUAUAGGUAAUGAUAAGGACAUAGUGUACCAGUGGACUCUAAAGACCUCAUCAAGAAUCCUAUCGCUUUAAUCGUUCUCUAUGUCUGUAUUCACUAUAUUCUCUCCUCUCUCUUAUUUAGACUGCCUUACUGGCAUGGAUUACAAUUCUUUAUUGCCAAAGUUAAAUAUAGAAGGAGAAUUGUGAAGUAAAAAAAAAAAAAGAAGAAGAGGAAAAGAUAUAAGCUAAAGAUUCUGGCUGAUGUGGAAUUGGCUAAAACUGUUUAGCAGAAGACAUGAUGUUAAAUUUGGAAAUGCUCCAGUUGUUAUUUUCUGUGUCUGUAUUGCUCCUCAAUAAACUUCUUCCUCAUA